AACACCAGUACCCCAAACACUCACAACGACUGCGUCAUGCGUCCUCAGAACAAGGGAACGGGCUCGGAAACUCCGAUAGACCCUGGCAGUACCUUAACCGGCGUCAGAGCGAGGUAUUGACUGUCCGAGCCCUGACUUCCCCGUUGUCUCUUCUGCCAGUCCGCGCCUCUUGGUGCCCGGUGGACGAAAUAUGGAUUUUACAAACAACAGUAACGACAAUGAUUCCACCUCCACGUUUCCAGAUGUCGUGGACGUGGUUGCAGACUGGACUGAAAGUGAGAACAUCACUGCGGUUUCUAGACCUCUACCAGACGUGGAGCUCAGUUAUCAGGUAAUCACUUCAAUGCUCCUGGGGGCCCUUAUCCUCUGCUCAAUAUUUGGGAACGCGUGCGUCGUCGCAGCCAUUGCGUUGGAGAGGUCUCUCCAGAACGUGGCCAACUACCUUAUCGGCUCCCUGGCCGUCACGGAUCUGAUGGUAUCCGUUCUGGUGCUCCCCAUGGCGGCCCUCUACCAAGUCCUAAAUAAAUGGACCCUGGGACAAGAGAUAUGUGACAUAUUCAUCUCGCUGGAUGUGUUGUGCUGUACUUCGUCCAUCCUGCACUUGUGCGCCAUUGCCUUGGACAGGUACUGGGCUAUCACUGACCCGAUUGACUAUGUAAAUAAACGGACACCCAGGCGAGCUGCGCUCCUGAUAAGUUUGACUUGGUUGAUUGGCUUCUCCAUCUCCAUUCCACCUAUGUUAGGCUGGAGAAAAGCUGAGGACAGGGCUAACCCCGACGCUUGCACCAUCAGUCAGGACCCGGGCUACACUAUCUACUCCACUUUCGGGGCAUUUUACAUUCCGCUCAUUCUGAUGCUGGUAUUAUACGGACGGAUAUUUAAAGCAGCUAGGUUCAGGAUUCGAAAGACAGUGAAGAAAACUGAGAAAGCAAAAGGGUCUGACCAGUGUUUGUCAGUUUCUCCAGCUGUAUUCCACAAGAAAGCCAACGGAGAGGCAGGGGGCAUUAACUGGAAGCGCAACGUGGAGCCCAAUCCUAACUCUCCAUGCAUAAACGGCGCCUUAAAGCACGGGGUGGACGGCGAGUCGUUAGAAAUCAUGGAAGUUCAAAAGGAUUCCAAGAAUCACCUGCCUCUACCAAAUACACCACAAUCAACACAUGUGCUGGAAAAUAAAAACGAAAAGAGCACAGACGUGAAGAGGAAGAUAGCUCUGGCUAGAGAGCGCAAAACUGUGAAAACUCUAGGAAUAAUCAUGGGAACUUUUAUCUUUUGCUGGUUGCCGUUUUUCAUUGUGGCACUAGUGUUGCCUUUUUGCUCUGAGAGUUGUUACAUGCCGGGCUGGCUUGGGGACGUCAUAAACUGGCUGGGCUACUCCAACUCUCUCCUUAACCCAAUUAUAUAUGCCUACUUCAACAAAGACUUCCAAAGUGCUUUCAAAAAAAUCAUCAAAUGCAAAUUCCACAGAGCGUGACAUUCAUAAUAUGUGUGAGUGCGUAAGUUUACUUACCUUGAAUUAUGAACCCAAUUAAGUGACGGGGACACAUGCGUCUGUCUUUUGAGGUAAUGAAACGCAAAAAAAAAAAAGCCACAUACUUUAAUUCAGGGAGAGUGAUUCUGAAAUAAAGUAGGCUAUAAACCGACUGCCAUUAAUGGCCGGAUGUAAGUUACGCUAAGAGAGCCACACAUUUAAAGGUUGUAUGUUUAGGCCUGUAGCCUACUUGACUGAACAAGCUGCUCUUGUAUAUUCGAUGUUGUUGCUUGACAUGCAAAGCAUCGUUC